CAUUAACUCAAUAGUACUGGGAAUGAAACACCAGACUCAGAAAAGAAUGGCGGAAAAACUUGUGACAGCAAAAACAGAAGAAAAAGCAAAAGAAUUGGAAGAAGAAGCAAUGAAAGUGGAACUGAAAACCAAGGAGGAGCUGAAGCCCUGGGAGCAGCACUCUGCUGUGAUCACCAUUCCUCGUUUUGACUACAACGCCCCUCUUCUCUCCUCAGUCAUUCCCACUCCGGAUUCCUCAUCACCUGCCCCAUCAAGAGGGAGAAGAGGGCAACAAAAGAAGCCAUGUCAAUUCUUGAAAAGCAGCUUUGGAUAAUUGUCUUUUAUUCAUACCUAAAGGGACUUGUAUAGGCAUGAGAUGUUGCACUCUUCUAGGGCCCAAAUAAUAAGUGGACAAUUUAGAGUUAGCUUAAAAUCUUGUGGCAGACAACUUGUUUGCAAUUGUUUUUGGAUAUAUUUACACCAGAAGCCAAGCGUUGCUGAGGCUUAUCACUAUGUGACAGAAAUGAAUGAGUUUCAGUUAUAUUUGAAGUCCUCUCCAAUGCCUGUAUCAUUUUUAUUUCUUGGACCUCUCUUGUUGCAAAAGGAAGACAAAUGAUGAACCAACUUGGAGAAUGGGAAGGUGUGCAUCUGGUGCUUGCAAGAUUCUAUUCUUUUGACUUCAUGGAGUUUUUAUAAAAGCUGUGUGCUGAAAUAGGGCUUCAAACUGAUGUUGAUACAUUGAUAAAUUAUGCGUUCCAUUCUUUUUUUAUGAAUGCCAUCAAUAUUCACGACUGAUGCAACCAAUGAAGAGUUUAAGGGAAGAGUAAAUUUUAAUAUUCCUGGGAACUUGGCUGAAGAUCGAAUUUACCCACUUUGAAGAAUGGGUAAUCUUUUUAGGAUCUCGUGUAUUUAUUAAAAAUUUAAAUUCUACGUAUUUCAGUAGACUUGAAAUUUAUGGUGCUUUAGUAGCUUAUGGGUAUUUUACGUGUUAUGGGUAUUGGGUAAACUGACAGUGGACACUUCGGCCGUUGUUUGAGACCAUAGGCUUAUUCAUUGACUUUGAUGGAAGGGUUUUUAAUUGAAAUGUUGGGAUUCAUCACC